UCAUGAAUUAGUUUUUGUCUCAAAAAGGUUGAAAACAUUGUUUGAAUUCACCUAUUUUACAUACUUUACAGACUAUGACAUGGUUUUUGCAGACGUAUGGUACUACUGUAUAGACAGCAUCAACUGAACAUAGCUCAGUUUGAUGAGAAUGUGACUCAACAUAACCUUAAAUAUUUGAUAUUAGUAUUAUUGUUUUGGUUUAUACGUAAAUAUCGUAUACGGUAUAAUAUUUUAUUUUGUACAAAGUAUUAUUACAUAUCGGCAUGAUGUCGGAGGACGAAGUAGAAAGCUUUGAAAUUACGGAUUACGAUCUCGAAAAUGAAUUCAAUAUCAAUCGUCCCAGACGCAAAUUAUCAAAGAAGCAACAAAUGCUUGGUAUUUGGGCUGAUGAUAGUGAUGAAGAAGAAUUAUCUACAAGACCGUCAUUUAAAACUUUUGAUAAAGGGCCAAAAAAUUAUACUGCGCCAGUAAAUUUUGUAGCGGGAGGUAUUCAACAAAGUGGAAAGCCAAAAGAAGAAUCAGAAAAAAAGGAUGAUAAUGAAAGUGAUAAUGAAAGCGAAGGCAAAUCUCAGAGGGAGUUUCCAAACAGUUCAAGUUCUGAAGAUGAACGGCCAAGUAAUGUUCAACAGCGUCCAUCCUUUUCAUUAAAUACAGAUGGUGAUAUUGCCGGUUUACGUAGAAAGAAGGCUAAAGUAAAUCCAUUGUUAAUACAAAGCGGAAUGGGUAGUUGGGAAGUUCAUACAAAAGGUAUUGGCGCUAAACUAUUACUACAGAUGGGUUUUGAACCUGGGAAAGGAUUAGGUAAACAGUUGCAAGGUAUAAGUGCUCCAGUAGAAGCACAUUUGAGGAAAGGUAGAGGAGCAAUUGGUGCUUAUGGGCCAGAAAAGUGUCCAAAAGUUCCAGAAAAGAAAAAAGAGGAAGAUGCGGAGGAUGGAAAGGAACCUAAAGCUAAAUUAUCACAAUGGCGGAAGGGAGAUGGAAAUGCUGCUAAGAAGAAAGUAAAAUAUGUUUAUCGCAGUGUUGAUCAGGUUAUAGAAGAUGGAAAAUUGAAACCUAACAAAAAAGUGAGAAUCUCAAGUGAAAUGAGCAGGGUUAAAGUCAUAGAUAUGACUGGUCCAGAACAAAGAAUUCUCAGCGGAUAUCAUGCAAUAGCUGGCGGUCAACAACGACCCGAUGACAAUAUCAUUAUCACUGACAAGAAAUCAAAGGUUAAUUUUGCAUUGCCAGAACUUCAGUAUAAUUUGAAUGUACUUGUAGAUAUGUGUGAACAGGAUAUCAUACAAAAUGAUAGGAGAACAAGGCAUUUAAGUGACAGAGUAGUUGCACUAGAAGCAGAAAAGAAAAACUUAGCCAAAGUCGUGGAUCAACACGACCAUCUUAUUAAUACUUUAGAAAAUGUCCUCGCAAUCGUAGAUAGACUAAUGGACGAAACAAAUCAAAUGUCCUUACAAGAAACUGCAGAAGCUUUCAAAGAUUUACAAGAUAAAUAUUACGAAGAAUAUAAAAUGUAUGAACUUGGUGAAUUAGCCAGCAGUUUUGUUGGGCCAAAAAUAAAAGACUGUUUAGUUAGUUGGAAUCCGUUAAUACAACCGAAACAACCCAUUAAGUUAUUUGAGCAAUGGAAGUGUAUUCUAGAAAGUGGCAUUACUACCCUUCAAACGAGAACAAUGCAUCCAUAUGACCACCUAGUUUGGAAUUCGUGGAUGCCAUCGAUUAGAGGGGCUAUACAGCAGUGGACUUGUAGGGAGCCAGUACCACUUAUUGAGUUAAUAGAAUAUUGGAUGCCAUUACUUCCAGCCUGGAUAUUAGAAAAUAUUUUAGAUCUGUUAAUUCUCCCCAAACUUACCCUAGAAGUAGAGGAAUGGAAUCCCCUGACUGAUACAGUACCUAUUCACACAUGGAUCCAUCCGUGGUUACCACUGUUACGAAGUCGUUUGGAUACAUCAAUAUAUCCAAUAAUACGACGUAAAUUAGGAUCGGCGUUAGGAGGUUGGCAUCCGUCCGACAGAUCUGCUAGAUUAAUGUUACAACCGUGGUCCAAUGUGUUUGCGAAAGGAGACAUGGAAGCCUUCUUAGUGAAAAAUAUUAUACCGAAGUUGCAAAUAGCGUUGUCAGAGUUUGUUAUAAAUCCGCAUCAGCAACAUUUAGAUCAAUGGAAUUGGGUUUACGAAUGGAAAGAAUUGAUUCCGUCUCACAUAAUGGCAGGACUGCUUGACAAAUUCUUCUUCCCCAAGUGGCUGCAAGUUCUUGCGCUUUGGUUGAAUCAUUCCCCUAAUUAUGAUCAGGUUACAAACUGGUACAUGGGUUGGAAAGGCAUGUUAAGUGAAAAAAUGUUAGCUGAGCCUUUGGUGAAAGAACACUUCAAGAAAGCGUUGGAUAUGAUGAACAGAGCAGUUUCCACACCGCAGAGUCAUCAACCCGGUGCGAUGGAGCAAGUUUCGUAUUUAACGAGCUUAGAAAGGACUCAACCUACCAUGUCACAAAUGCCACCGACCGCCCAGCCAAGAAUGGAAAGACUCGCCGAAGCGGUACGGACAGCGUCGCAAAUACCUCAAGGUUUCAAAGACCUUGUCCAAAAGAAAUGCGAAGAAAGAGGCAUUCUGUUUAUGCCUAUACCGAAUCGGUAUAGAGAAGCAAAACAAGUUUAUAAAGUGGGUAAUGUCCAGGCUUAUAUAGACGGAAAUGUCUUGUUCGUCUGUCACAACGGCAUGAAUUGGGUGCCGACGCAUUUGAAUGCUUUAUUGGACAUGUCAGAACUUUAAGUGUAACAAUAAUCUUGAUUUAUGAUGCGAGUUCAAUUAUAUGUAACUUAUCUUGUACAUAUGUAUACUGUAAAAUAGUAUUGUGAUAAACGAUGUUGAAUAAUUGCAUUGUAUAGAGUGAAUGAUUACAAAGAAAUUAAUUAUUGUCUUUUGUACAAUUUGUUGUAUGAUAUUUUAUUGUUAAUUACUUGACAAUUAAGACAGAAUUUAUCAGA